CGCCUUGCGUCACGUCCGGCCUGCGAGUUACCGCCCACUCGCCCCCGGCGCCUCUGGCUCCAGGCCGCCCUCCGGAUCGGGUCGGAUCCUGCGAAUGGUUUUGGCAAUAUCUUCAUGCUGGGCUUCCUUACCAGGCCUCUUCACCGACUCCUGUCCCUUCUGUGUCCUGGACUCCGGAUACCUCGACUCUCAGUACUCUGUGCUCAGCCCAGGCCCAGAGCCAUGGCUAUCUCCUCUUCCUCCUGCAAACUGCCCCUCGUGGCUGUGUGCCAGGUAACAUCAACGCCAGACAAGCAACAGAACUUUAAAACAUGUGCUGAGCUGGUUCGAGAGGCUGCCAGACUGGGUGCCUGCCUGGCUUUCCUGCCUGAAGCAUUUGACUUCAUUGCACGGGACCCUGCAGAGACGCUACGCCUGUCUGAACCACUGGGUGGGAAACUUUUGGAAGAAUACACCCAGCUUGCCAGGGAAUGUGGACUCUGGCUGUCCUUGGGUGGUUUCCAUGAGCGUGGCCGAGACUGGGAGCAGACUCAGAAAAUCUACAAUUGUCACGUGCUGCUGAAUAGCAAAGGGGCAGUAGUGGCCACUUACAGGAAGACACAUCUGUGUGAUGUAGAGAUUCCAGGGCAGGGGCCUAUGUGUGAAAGCAACUCUACCAUGCCUGGGCCCAGUCUGGAGUCACCUGUCAGCACACCAGCAGGCAAGAUUGGUCUAGCUGUCUGCUAUGACAUGCGGUUCCCUGAACUCUCUCUGGCAUUGGCUCAAGCUGGAGCAGAGAUACUUACCUAUCCUUCAGCUUUUGGAUCUGUUACAGGACCAGCCCACUGGGAGGUGUUGCUGCGGGCCCGUGCCAUUGAAACCCAGUGCUAUGUAGUGGCAGCAGCACAGUGUGGACGCCACCAUGAGAAACGAGCAAGUUAUGGCCACAGCAUGGUGGUAGACCCCUGGGGAACAGUGGUGGCCCGCUGCUCUGAAGGCCCAGGGCUCUGCCUCGCCCAAAUUGACCUCAACUAUCUACGACAGUUGCGCCAACACCUGCCUGUGUUCCAGCACCGCAGGCCUGACCUCUAUGGUAAUCUGGGUCAUCCACUAUCUUAAGACUUGACUUCUGUGAGUUGAGACCCGCCCUCCCACCAUUGUGAGCCAGUGUUCAUGUGACUUGGAGGCAGGACCCAGGCACAGCUCCCCUCAAUUGGAGAACCUUGACUUUCUUGAUGGAACACAGGCUUGGCUUCUUGGGAAAGCAGCUUUCACCUUAGGUCAGAUUGCAGUUUCAGAAAGGUGGCAUUUUAUAUAGUCAUUGUUUAUUUCAUGAAAACUGAAGUUAUGCUGAGGGCUGAGCAGCACUGGCAUUGAAAAAUAUAAUAAUCAUAAAGUCUGUGUCUGGACAUCUCCUUUGGGAGCUACAGGGGGAAUUGGUAUUGUACUAGCAGGACUGGGCUCCAGUUCUAGACCUCCUGGCUCAUUCAACAUGCCUCCCUACCUAAAUAAAAGUGCAACACUCAGUGCAUGUCCCAGCCCCAUUCUCCCAAACAUGGGAGUGGGCACAGGAGUGGAGGGGGAAGGAAAAAGGAAUUACUUCACUUUCACCUAUGAUGCCCUUUGCCCAAGCCAGAAGAAAGCAAAGGGGAAAAGGGCUGCAGGGUACAUUAUUUAUUUUCACUUGAACAUGGAAAGAAAGUGUCACACUCCCCCUUCCCCUUUACAGGGGGAGUGUAUUUUAAUCAGCAACCUCUUCUCCAUCCACCCUGUGUACGUGCAUACACAUACGCCACCACAGUUGGGAGGCGUGACUAGGCUGAUGCAGUCCUCUUAUCUAUUCCUCCCUUGAAGAGGGUUUGAGAAAUGCAAAAAAGGAAAGAGCCACAUCAGGCAGAGGUUUCAGCCAUGGAAUGGGGGAAAGAAGGCAGAGAGGAGCAGCACCAGAGGCCAGGAGAGAGUGGAAAGGGCCACAGCUUCUUUGUUUUAAAAAAAAUUCUGUAAUUUGGAAGAGGGUGGCAAUUAAUUUUCAAAAUACACUUCAGAGUCCCACCUUCCACAUAGCUCCCUUACUCACAGCCCUUUGGUUUUUUUUAGACAAAAUUUAAGAGCUCUCAUAAAGCCAGAAGUAUUGAUAACCCCUUAGUGCACCCAAAAGCAGUGUUCACAUCAAUCCCUUACAAAGACUACGUUCUGUAGACUUUGUUUCUCCCUAUACAUUUGUCUUACGGCUCAGUGGUAAGGUAGCUGUAGAGACACACGUUGAGGGGUAAAUGGAAAAGGGAAACAAAGGGGAAGCCCAGGCACAUGGGUGCAGGGAGGGGUGGGGAUCACCACUUCCACUUUCCUUUGUCUUUUUCUUU